CUCAUAGAGAAUAUGAAAAUUGAAAACCACCCACAUGCACUAUUCAGCUACCUACUACCUAAGAGACCACAAUCUCAUAAUAGUCCUGCUCCAGCCUCUUCAAUAUAGUAACAUUUAGAGGAAUUGAAGCAUCAGAUAGGAGGAGGAAAAGGGAAGAAGGGUAUUUUGCUUGGGGCGUCCUUCUUUGAUUUGAAGCUGCUGGGCCUCUAGUAAUUUUUGAACAUUGGAAUUCAUGGAUAACAAGAACUACACUCUGAAACAAUGCGUCUACCAAAUGCUUUUGCGAAGAUGGCAUGCCAACAAGGAUGGGAACCCAGGGAUGUCAUUCUUAAGAACAGUAGUGGGAAAGUUUGGGAAGUCAAAACACUUGCAGUUUGUAGUCAACUGUAUUUUGAUGAUGGUUGGAAGCAGUUCAGGGAAGACAACUGUUUAGGGGCUAUGGACUUUGUCUUUUUUACACAUGUUGAAGACAAUGUGUUCAACUUUAAGAUCUGUGAGCUAUCAACAAGGUGUGAAAAGAUGAAGGUAGAGGAUAGUGAAGAACAAGAAAAAGAAAAGGGCGAUGUUGAUGAUGUGAUGGAGUUGGAUAAGGAGGAGGAAGGAAAACAACAAGAUGGGGAUGGUGAUGAACAUGAUCCUGGUCAAGAUGAUUAUGGUGAUGAGGUGGAGGAGAAAGAAGAAGAUCAGCAACAAGAAGAUGAGGAUGGUGAUGAACAUGAUCCUAGUGAAGAUGAUGAUUCUGAGGAGGAGGAGGAAGAAGAAGAGCAACAAGAUGAGGAUGGUGAUGAUUAUGAUCCUGGUGAAAAACAUGGAAAAGAAAAGUAUGAUGUGAUAGAGUUGGAUGACGAGGAAGAAGAAGAAGAACAAGAUGAGGAUGGUGAUGAAUAUCAUUCUGAUUAUUUUAUUUUUUUGAAAAGCCAAAAUGAUGAAUAUGAUUCUGAUGAUGAUGAGGAGGUUGAGGAGGAGGAGAAUACAGAGUUGGAAGAGAGGGAUGAAGAAGAAUCCAAGUUAACCAAAAAGAGAAAAUCUCAUCCCAAAGUCUGCAAAGUUAGCUCCAAAAGGGAGAUUGGAAGUAGUUCAGCCACCAAGGCUGAAGAUGCAGGACAUGAAAACAUUGAUGCAGCAAUGUAUAUUCGAUGUGACCAUCCCUACUUCAUUGUCAAACCACUGAAUGGCAGUCGCGGUGGAUUGCUUAUUCCACACUUAAUCAUCAAAGACUUUUCCCUUCGUUUUAAUAAGAAGAUCACUCUUGUAUGCUGCCAGUGCCAGAAUAUUCCAAGAAAUCAACUGCGAUACUACCAUCGCAGCUUGCCUCAACUGACACCCGUCAACAAAAAACAUACAAAAGAGGCAGACGUAAGCGUGUGGACAGAUGGGCGAGUGUGUGCCAAUGGGUGGUUAGGUUUUUGCAGAAAGAACAAGUUCACAGAAAAUGAUACAUGCAUCUGUGAAAUUGUGUUGCGGGAAGGCCAACCAAUAGAAAUGGUCCGGGUGCAUGUAGCUAAAAAGAAGUGAACACAUGAGGACAGGAGCAGAGGUGAAGGAGCUAUUUCGCGUCACUAAAGAUGUGGGAUUGUUGAGCUCUCCUUUGCAGCAGAACGAAAAUGCGGUAUCAGCUAAACAAUUGAGCACUCCCUUGCAGCAUCACCUCAUCACUUCAUCUAAACUAGUUAGAAAUUAGCAUUAGCUUCAUUCAUGAUAGCUCUACUGUGUUAUUAAGUAGCCCUUGCUUCUGUGUGAUCAUCUCUUAUUUUAUUAAAGUGGAACUUAGAUGCUUUUUAUGUCCAUUUCAGGAUGACUUAAGUGUAACAUAGUUAUUGUAGUUUAAGUACCGGUUCUUGUUUACGACUGUUUCUGAGAUUGUGAAUAGAUUGUUCAAUUUAGCUCAUGAGAAACCAAGUCGAUCCUUAUCCUUUU